GGAUGCCCCGGCAGCCCAGCUCCUCUCCCCGCCCUUCCAACGGACUAACUGACGGCGUUGGAUGGAGAUCCAGAGGGGGGAUUGCCUCGGAGGGACAGAGGGGAAAAACGGUUUUCUCCUUUGUUUUUUUUAAAGUGCCAUUUACUCCAGCACAGAGAAAGGGGAGAGGGGAGGUGUAUGAGGAGGAGGAGGAGGAGGUGGGGGGGAUGUUGUUGGUGAAGAUUUUCCACCGAGGUGGACGUUAGACGGGAGCGUCAACGGCUAAUUUAGUAACACAAAGUUAUCUGAGAGUGGAAACUAGCUAAACCUCCCUCACGCACACAGCGCUGGCCAGAGCUAGUUUCGCCUUUUAGAAGGUUUGCGUGAGGCGGGGACAGAAAAAGAAAGAAGAAAAAAAGAUGCCGUUGUUGUCGGCUUAUUAUUGCAGCCUGUGAGUUUAAAACAGAGCCUAGGGAGAAGUUGGGAGAAAACCGGUUUUCCCUGGUACCCUACCGCCGCUUUUGUGCUUGUGAAUGGUGGGGUGUUUUUCCUGUCUGACGGGGGAGAAGUUAACGUUACAACCGCAGAACACACAAGCUCAUCGUCACCAAACGUGCUCAGAUGGACCUGAGAUAACAGGUCUGGUUUACCCUCAUCCCAGACUUCAGCCAGCCCCGCAGCCUCCGACAUACACCCAGAAUGGCAGAUCCCACUGGGCUGAGCUCUGAAGCGGCGGGGGCAGGCAUAGCCGAGGUUGACGCCUGUAGCUUGGAAAUAGAAAGGAAGUAUGACAUCAUCCCUGCCGUCAUCUGCUCCAUGUGCUGCCUCUUCGGCAUCAUCUACUGCUUCUUUGGUUACCGCUGUUUCAAGGCCGUCAUGUUCUUGUCUGGUCUGAUGUUCGGCUCUGUCAUCAUCUUCUUGCUGUGCCACAAGGAGCAUGUGUUGGACACCCAGCUGAGCGUCGAGGCCAGCGCGGGUAUCGGCCUCGGUAUAGGCCUGCUGUGUGGCCUGGUCACUAUGCUGGUGCGAAGUGUCGGCCUCUUCAUGACCGGCCUGCUGUUGGGCCUCCUCCUGGCUCUCGCUGCCCUGCUGAUCACUCACCAGUUCUACACUCCCACCACAGUCUGGGUGCCCCUGGGUGCUCUUCUGGGAACAGGCAUGCUGUUUGCCGUGCUGACUCUACAGUGGCAGAAGCUCUUCACCAUGCUGUCCACGGCCGUGUUCGGGGCAGCUAUCAUGACGGUGUGUGCCGACUACUUUGUGGAGAUGCUGGCUUUGGCUACGCACGUGUAUGAAUGCUUGCGCCUCACACCCGGGCCACCUCUCUGCUGGUACAGCUGGGUCAUUUUGGGCAUCUGGCCCGCCCUCAGCCUUAUAGGAGUGCUGGUCCAGUGGAAACUGACAGAUGACAGCUUCUCACACACCGAGGUCGUUAUUAGUCGGAGACAGAAGAGAGUCCAACUGAUGCGGAUUCGAGAGAAGGACGCCAAGAAGCGACAGCAGGCAGGUGGGCAGGAAGGCACGUACCGCCGUAAACCCACCCCAGUGAAACGUUACGCUGGGGAUCUACUGGCACCGAGCUACCUGCAAAGUCUGCGAGACAGGCAGAUGGGCACUGGCACUUCCCUUAGCAGCCAGGGCACCGCCAACCACACCAUGAUCGACUUGGAUUACGACACCGGGUCCACCGUGCCCCUCACAGCCACAACCCCAGUCGUCAGGGUCUGAGCACAGAGAUAAGAAGGGACUGCGAUCUCUGGUUCUCCAGUAGUGACUUUUUAAACGUAGAGUAGAACCUAUAAACUGUUCCAUGCAGCACAGGGUUUUUAUUACCCUUAAACUGAUUUGUGGAGAGGUUGGAUUUUCUAUUGUGUUUAACAGAGAACAAUCGGUGGAAAAGAAUGCUGCUUUUUAGGAGAAAGAGGAUGCGUCAAGCUCCUGUAUGGUGAACGCUAUAACCACUGCAACCACUGUGUUUCUCAGAGAAACACUGAAAACAGAUACUAACCAAGCAAGGUCCUCCAUUUCCUCUCAUCGUGUAUUAAAUACAUAACAGCAAGUACGAGCCUCAAAAACAAACGCAAUUCUGUUUUGUAGUGAAUAGGACAAUGCAAUUUGUUUGACAUUACAUGUACUGUACUUAAAAAAGUUAGUCAUUACCAUGAAGUGUUGUGUUAUUACCAGUCUUACUGUUAAACUGUGUGGUCGUAGGAUUUGUGAAAGUUUAUCAGUUAAACAGCUUUCAUUUUGUGUAUUUUUUAUUUUAGAUGGAGUGUGAUGAGAGAGCAGAAUAUGACAAAGUGAAGCAAACUAAAUGAUACAAAUAAAAAGCUGUUUUUAUUAAAAAGCUCUUUCCUGGAGCUUUUAGCAGGAUCUUUUCUAGCAGCACUCUCUAAUUCUGUGACCUUUUUUUUGUGUUUGCAAUGUAGCUCCUGUCAAAAUUCAGCAGCUGGUGAAGAAUUUUAGACUGUUGUGUGUGUGCUUGUGGAGUAUCUGAGUAAACUUUUUAUAAUUUAUUUUAUAUAAUGACAAAGUACACGGUAGUGAUGGAAAAAGGACAAAAAAAAUACAAAAAACACAAAGCAUGUUUGUUGUUAAUUUGUAGAUUUUUUAAUAAUUAUCCAUUUCUGUCGUUUGAAUUUGCAGGGACAAUGCACUUGUUACCUGAAUCUGUACAUACCUGUUGAUAGAAAUUUCAAAGAUAAAUAAAUGUGUUUGAUACAAAAAAGAAAAGUUGUUAUUCAUUUGAGUCAGAUCUAUUGCACUGUUUGUCUCUUUUGGGCUCUUAGCAACACUGGCAGCGUUACUCACCAGAUUUUUCAUAGGCAAUAAAGAGGUCAUGGGGAGGAUUUCCUACUCUGCAAUUGGUCAGGGUUGCCAUGGUGCUUCCAAAGUUUUUUUUUAGCAGACAAACACAGCGCAGGACAGACGGGCCUUUCAUCGUUAUUGAACAUUAUUUCAGUCCUCUUUCGGGUGACAGGGCAUUUUGAUCAGAAAAGCAGUUUUACUGCUGACAGUACGUUAGAUUUUCACUUUCAAAACCAGGAGACAGAUGUUCAACAUGUUUUCUCUCAAACCAGUGUGAUUCAUAUAUAAUGGAAACAUUUGGUAUCACUAUGUGACAUUUAAAAACACUGAACAUACCUCAGAGGUGUUUUGGUUAAACAAAAAGUAAAAGUCUGAACAGAAAGCGCACACUCCCAUCAUCAUAUUACAUCUUACUGAAUGUAUUAAGACACAUAAUCUAACACAUAUGUCAGAGAGAAAAACAGAAGGCCUCCCUUGAUUUCUCCCUGAGAUCAUACAAAAGCUUACAUAAUAUUCACAAAAACACACAUUUUGUGCUCAAGCCUCACAAAAAUCAGCCUGCUUUGUGCAGGAGGAGUAGCUUGGUCAUAAUAAGAUCCAGUGGAAAAAAAAAGAAAUCAACACUAGUUUUAAUUGUUGUUGAUGACAAUUCACUAUUAAUCACUGUUGUUGAGGU